GCGAGGGCUGGGUGCCGGCGGCGGCCGAGCAGCGAAGCGAGCGGGGCUGCGCAGCGGGGCCCGCGGCGGUCAUGGCCCGGCAGUAGGCAGGGAGCGCCCCGCCGCCCGCCGCUCCGGCGGCAGCCCCGCCGCGCCCCGACCGUCCUAUGCGAGCCGCCCCGGCGCCAAGAUGAAAGACGACUUUGCGGAGGAGGAGGAGGUGCAGUCCUUCGGCUACAAGAGGUUUGGUAUUCAGGAGGGGAGCCAAUGUACCAAGUGUAAAAAUAACUGGGCACUGAAGUUCUCCAUCAUCUUACUAUACAUUUUGUGUGCCCUGUUAACAAUCACAGUAGCCAUUCUGGGAUACAAAGUUGUAGAAAAAAUGGACAAUGUGACAGGUGGCCUGGAAACAUCCCACAGAAGAUACACAGAAAAGCUCACAGAAGUGGAGAGUGAUCUGAAGAAAUUAGAUGACCAAGCUGGACAAAAAGCCUUGAAUACUAACACUGAACUGUCCAGCUUCAGAUCUGACAUUCUGGCUCUUCGUCAGCAACUUCAUGAUAUUGCAGAGAAAACUAGCAGAAACAAAGACACACUGGAGAAGCUGCAAGAGUCUGGAAAUGUAUUAGAUGAUAGGCAGAACCAAAUGAAAAGUGCCUUAGAUAGUAACACUUUCACAAUCAUCAGUGUCAAUAAGACACUUCAGGCAUAUACUGGCUAUAUCAACAAUCUCCAACAAGACACAAGUAAUAUACAAGCAACCCUGCAAAGCCAAGAGCAUUCUCACAGUGUAGUCAUCAUGAGCCUUAACAACUUAAACCUGACUCAAAUACAGCAAAGAAAUCUUAUCAGUGUCUUACAGAAGUCAAUGGAAGAUACAAGCUCGGCUAUUCUAAGAAUGAAGAAUGACUUUCAAAAUCUGCAGCAGGUUGUCCUUCAGGCCCGGAAGGACACUGACUGGCUUAAGGAGAAAGUGCACAGUUUACAGGCCUUGGCUGCCAACAACUCAGCAAUGGCAAAAGCCAACAAUGAUACACUUGAAGACAUGAACAGUCAGCUCAGCUCCUUCAGUGGGCAAAUGGAGAACAUCACCACAAUUGCCCAAGCCAAUGAACAAAGUCUAAAGGAUCUCCAGGAACAGCAUAAAGGAGAUGAAAACAGAACUGCUGCCAGAUUCACCAAUCUAGAAGAAAGAUUCCAGGUCUUUGAGACUGAUAUAGUCAAUAUCAUCAACAAUGUCAGCUACACUGCUCAUCACCUACGGACACUGACGAGCAAUCUCAAUGAGGUCAGGACAACUUGUACGGACACCUUAAGUAAACACUCGGAUGAGCUGAUUUUUAUGAACAGCACACUAGCCAAUAUUCGCAUAGACUCUGCAUCUCUCAAGGUGCAACAGGAUUUGAUGAGGUCAAGAUUAGAUGUUGAAGUCGCCAAUUUGUCAGUAAUCAUGGAAGAAAUGAAGCUGGUGGAUUCCAAACAUGGCCAGCUCAUCAAGAACUUCACUAUCCUACAAGGCCCUCCUGGUCCAAGGGGACCUAAAGGUGACAGAGGCCCUCCUGGUCCUCUUGGCCCCGCUGGUCUAAAAGGACAAAAAGGAGAGAAAGGAGAGCCUGGACCACCAGGACCUGCAGGUGAGAAGGGCCCACCUGGGCCAGCCGGGCCACCAGGAGAAAAAGGAGGGAAAGGUUCAAGAGGAUCGCCUGGCUCCAAAGGUCAGAGAGGUUCUCCUGGGAAGACCGGUCUGCCUGGACCAAAUGGAGACCCAGGGCCACCAGGGCCACCAGGCAAGGAUGGUCCACCAGGGCCCCAAGGCCCACCUGGAUUUCAAGGCCUGCAAGGAACGGUGGGAAGCCCAGGGUUACCAGGACCACGAGGAAUAACUGGGCUCCCUGGGGUCCCUGGGCUGCCUGGUCCGAAGGGCCCGCCUGGCCCACCGGGGCCACCAGGCCCAGGGAUGCCAAUGGCAUUACAGAGCCAGCCUACACCCGUGCCCGAGGCUAAUGGUUGUUCCCCCCGUUGGAAGAACUAUACGGAAAAGUGCUACUACUUUUCAACUGAAAGAGAAGUUUUUGAAGAUGCAAAAUUAUUCUGUGAAGAGAAAGCAUCACGCUUGGUUAUCAUCAAUGACAAAGAGGAGCAGCAAUGGAUAAAAAGGCAGAUUAUUGGGAAAGGCAGCUUCUGGAUUGGACUAACAGAUACAGAGAAGGAAAAUGAAUGGAGAUGGUUGGAUGGAUCUUUACCAGUUUACACAAACUGGAAACCUGGGCAGCCUGAUAACUGGGAUCACAAUCACGGGCCAGGGGAAGAUUGUGCUGGGUUGAUCUAUGCUGGGCUCUGGAAUGACUUCCACUGUGAAGAUGCUAACAAUUUCAUCUGUGAAAAAGACAUGGACAAAGGGCAAAUUCUUGGAGUGUAAUAGGCUGUAAUUUUACAGAUAUCUUCAUAUUAAGGAAAUUUAUGUAAAGAAGAAGAAAAUCCUGGGAAAGAGCAACACUGACUUCCAAAUUUGAAAAAAAAAAAGAAAACAGAAAAAAAGCAAGCACUGAAAACUGAUUUUAAAGCAUCAAGGAAUUCAGCAAUAACUCUUCUCCAGCAUCCUGUAAUUAUUUAAGGCCUUUCGACCCUCAGCAUCAGGAAAUACUGUUGGACUAAUUCUGUUUUAGAUUUUCUUCCCAACCAGUAACCACAUCCAUAACCAGCUUGUGUCUUCUGAGAAAAGACAUUCUAUAAAUCUGAGUAAGACUGUUGGUCACUCACAUAGAAAAACAUAAAGCAACUGUGUAAACAGUUGCUUAAUUUGCUAAAAUCCCAAAUGUAGGAAAAUUCUACAGAUACACGAAUAUAUAGAUUUUAUAUAAAUAUAUAUAUAUAGUCCAACUCUUAUCAGUAAUAUGGAAUAUACUUUUAAGAGCUUUUAAAACUUUGUAUUUUUGUACAAAAUAUUUGCUUUUUACAGUUGUUCUCUUUUUUACUGACUUUUUUUUACAAAUAUAGUGCACAGGGGCCAAAGAAAACAAUAAAGGUACUAAUAAUUCAUUAAGGUUUGCUAUCAGGCCUAGCUCAGCUAUAGAGAAAUAUUUUUCCAGUUAGAAAUAUUUUUACUUUCCCAGAUGAUUUGUUCUGGUUAAAUAACUUUUAAAGCAGAUUUUAGAUAGUGUUUUCCUUACUGUAAGCAGUCUAGUCUGCAUGUGUAACAAUUAAGUUGACUAAGGACUAGAUACUCAUUAUAGCUCUGAUCACAGCCAGUGUUUCAUUGGGGUACUAUGGAAAGACCAUUUUAAUAAAAGCCAGCCCUUCCUUCCUUCCUUCCUUCCUUCCUUCCUUCCUUCCUUCCUUCCUUCCUUCCUUCCUUCCUUCCUUCCUUCCUUCCUUCCUUCCUUCCUUCCUUCCUUCCUUCCUUCCUUCCUUCCUUCCUUCCUUCCUUCCUUCCUUCCUUCCUUCCUUCCUUCCCUCCUUCCCUCCUUCCCUCCUUCCCUCCCUCCCUCUUAGGAGAAAAUUCCAUGGAAGUAAAUCUCCAAUUUUCAAUAAUAAUUUUGAAAUGUUUUCAUUCCUUCUCCCUUCUUGUAAGGAAUUCUACCCCAGUAGUUGCCACACAUGACUGCAGGUCAAGCCCAGAUGAGAGACUUUAUGAAAAGAGAAACAAAGAAGCUGCACACACUGCAAUAUGUUUGUUUUUAAGACAGAUUUCAAGAUUUGGUGACAAAAACAUGCCAUACUCAGAAAAAUCUAAUAAACUUGCACUUCUCCAAAGUGCUUUGUAAAUCAAUCUGUCUGUUUUCUUGGACUGGUACUUCUCUCCCAAACAAAACAGAAAAUAAAAUAUGCUGCAAAGCAGAAAGAGAUUAUACCAUUACCCAUCCAGUUUCCCCCACAGUCCCAUGAGCCAUUGUCUAGGCAGCUUAUCAGGAAUUUAAAAAAUUAGCAAGAUAAUUCAUUAGCAGAAACCUUGGUAUUGGUUUCCAAUUUUUAUACCCUUCUCAUGGCCACAUGCUCUACAAUGAAGGAAAUUGUUUUGGCUUCUUGGGAAGGAGAGCUGUUUUUCCAUUGCCUCCUGACCUGCCAUUUACCUUGGCUGAAUGCAGAUAAGUUUGUUGAAAUACUCCAGCUCUGUUGGAAACAGAGACAAGAUUCCGUACUUCAGAUUUUCAAAUACUGCUCCUAAGAUCAAUCAAUUAAAGACUGCUGUUUCCCUACAUCUCUCACUCCCUCAAGUGUUUUAAAUUUCAAUUAUAAUUUUUUUUCAAAAUACACAAAAUGAUACAUUUGGGAAACUGUUCUGUGACUACAAAUUAGAUAUGAGACAGGAACAACACGAAAAUUGGUAUAUGUAUUACAUAAAAAGGUUUAUGUAUUGCAGCUGCAGAAACCCUGUGUCACCAUCGUGGAGGCAGGGCUUGUCUGGAUUUUGUGACCCUUUUCUUUUUCACAAGGUUUUGAAUACAACUUGAUUCUGCCAUGCACUGUCAUGCUGUACCAAGGAGUUGUGUGUAGACACAUGCUGCAGUGUUUACAUAUAUAUUUACACAUUGUCUGUGGAGAUAAUGUUAAACUGCUAUUUUUGGAUAAUGGGGUACAAAACUAGUAUUUUGUGUGCCCAGAGAGCCUCACAAACCAUGGUGAGUGGAGCCUUGAAGAGCCACACUGAAGUGGAAGGACUGCUACCUUUGUUUUGAAUGUUGUCUUAUUUGAGUGAAAUAAGCCUGUUUUUAGCAUCUAUCACAUUAAAUUACAUUCCUUAUGCUUUCUACUGAUGUCACAGACUUCUGUCACCAAAAGAAGUGAAUGAGAAAUGUCUGUUUAAGCCCAAGCUGUAUUGCUUCCUUGCCCAGAUUUCAUCCUUCUCUUCCUUCAGCAACAGCAGUGAUGGUACAUACACGAGAUCAGAUUAUCCAAGAGUUAUCUAGUGUCCCCCAGCCAGAGGAAUGACAAGCUGAGGACACUGAGAAACGAGACGUGACUGGGCUCACACCCUCUGUUCACACACUUGAAUCAAACACUGCAGCUGUUAGACAAAAUUGGAUGAAGAGGGAUGCUGCAGUUGCGUGCCUGACGUGGCCAGUCAUCCUUAAAACACGGCCUGAGCAGCCAGGCGUGCUGAGACAGACCAUCCUUUUGACCUAGUAUUCCUGCAGGAAGGAAACAGAGGUGUCCAAUGGCAACAAGAAUUGAAAUCACUGAGAGGACCAAGAGUGUUAAGACAGCUCAGGAACACAUCACAGAAAGGACAGAUUGGCAGGAGCACAAGCAGGACACCAGAAUGGGCCAAUUGUCAUGAAAGUCACACCUGCCACUCCUUAAUGGGAAAACAUCUUCAUCAAAUCUUUCUGUAUGGUUUGAGUAAUAAUGCAGGUUUUAUGGAAAUUUUUGAGUGAUAGCAAAUUAUUUUGUCCCAGCUUGAGCUUUGCUUUCCUUCUUAUACACAAGUAUUGUAACUUGUCAUAUUGAGCACACAUUCCCAUCAUCCUUCUUGUUUUACAUAAAAAUUAAAUAAAAGUUCAUAUACCCUGGCAAGCACUGGACUGUUGGAAAAAGAAGAGGGAAAGGCAGAGAAGGUACAAAGUCAUUGUGAUUUACAUUAAGUUCUGGAUUUCUUAAUGUCAUUUCUGACUUGUUUCAUUAAUUUAUUUGGAAAUGCCUUCAGCUGAUUAGAGCUUAUAAAUCUUAACUCUCAUUUCCUUUGUUGUCUAUAAUUAAUACUUGCAAAUGUUCCAAUAAAGGAAUCACUAAGUGAAAACACAGAAA